AUGUCUCCGAAGAAGCACGGCAACGACGACACCGGCGGGAGCGUCCAUGGUGGCAACAAGCUGGCCUACGACCAGAACUUCACGCCGCAGGUCGUUGCUGCCACGGGGCCCCAGGCCCAUCCUCGCAUGGCUGAGAUCAUGCCCAGCUUGCUCCGCCACCUCCAUGACUUUGCUCGCGAGGUCAACCUUACUGCUGCCGAGUGGACCGCUGCUGUUGACUUUAUCAAUGCGGCGGGCAAGAUGUCCGACAAUACCCGCAACGAGACCGCCCUCAUCUGCGACAUCCUCGGCCUGGAAUCGCUCGUCGACGAGAUUACCUCCAAAUUGCUCAUCCAGGGAGCCAACGCCGGAGCCACGCCAGCCACGCCCUCCACCGUCCUUGGCCCGUUCUAUCGCACUGAUGCCCCCAUCCUGCCCAACGGUAGCAGCAUCGUCUCCGCGGACGCCUUCAAGCUGUGGAACGGCAAAGGCGACGACAUGACGUGUUUCGUCUCCGGCCGUGUCCUGUCCGCAAGUACCGGCAACCCAGUCAGCAGUGCCAUGGUCGACAUCUGGCUGGCCGGCCCCGACGGGCUCUACGAGCAGCAGAGCGCCGAGGUGCCCGACAUGAAUCUGCGCGGCCGCUUCCAGACCGACGCCGACGGCCGCUAUUCCAUCUACUGCCUGCGCCCCACGCCCUACGGCAUCCCCGACGACGGCCCCGGGGGCGCCCUGCUCAAGUUGCUCGACCGGCACCACUGGCGUCCCGCGCACAUUCACUUCAUCGUGUCGGCAGAGGGCCACAACACGCUGACGACGCAGGUCUUUGAUCGCGAGGGCGAGUGGGUCAAGAACGAUUCGGUGUUUGCUGUCAAGGACGAGCUGCUGGUCGACUUUCGCGCCCGGGAGGACGAUGACAAGGCGAAGUGGACUCUCGAGUAUGACUUUGUGCUCCCAGAAGUCUAG